CAUUUUGUGAAAGUCAUGCGUUCGAAAUGGAAAUCAGAAAGGAGACAGAUGAGACGUGGAUCCGGAAUGAACGGGGCAACCCCUCUUAUGCUAUCUCCUACAUCAGCUAGCUCACCGCUGUGGCCAGGGGAUGGCAACGAUGAUCAGGCUUUCUCGACCAAGGAAACGUCGUCUGGAUAUGACACGAACCUCUAUCUCUACUCGGAAGAGAUGGAGGAUCGGCCCAGGAUAUCGACACUCAUCAACUCCCUAGCCAACUACUCCAAUACGAUUCCUGCCGCAGAAGAUCCGGAUGCAAAGCCCCAAACUGGAGGCGCCUCCAUGGGAACGCUGGUCGGUGUUUACCUUCCAUGCAUACAGAAUAUCUUCGGCGUCAUCCUAUUCAUCCGUCUAACUUGGGUUGUCGGCACUGCCGGAGCCAUCCAAGGUUUUUUAAUUGUGCUCUGCUGUUGUUCUGUGACAAUGCUGACUGCGAUAUCGAUGAGCGCAAUUGCUACAAACGGUGUGGUUCCAGCAGGGGGAUCGUACUUUAUGAUAUCCAGAUCGCUAGGACCUGAGUUCGGAGGAGCAGUCGGAAUGCUGUUCUAUACGGGUACCACACUAGCGGCCGCUAUGUACAUUAUAGGAGCUGUUGAAAUAGUUCUAACUUACAUGGCCCCAGGUUUAUCAAUCUUUGGAGAUUUCACUAAAGAUGUAGAAAUUAUGUACAACAAUUUCCGUGUCUAUGGCACUGGUUUGUUGAUGGUCAUGGGAACUAUUGUCUUUAUAGGAGUUAAAUUUGUUAAUAAAUUUGCUGGUAUCGCUUUGACUUGUGUGAUUCUGUCCAUCAUUGCUGUUUACGUCGGGAUCUUCACUAAUUUCUAUGGCAAUGACAAGCUAAAGAUGUGCGUUUUAGGCAAUCGCCUUCUCAAAGAUAUCAGUCCUGAAAACUGCACCAAAGAAGGACAGAUGUUCGACAUUUUCUGCACAAAAAAUGGUUCCGUAGUGACUUGUGAUCCGUAUUAUGAAAAUCAUGAGGUUACUGUAAGAAAUGGAAUCAUGGGUCUUGCCAGCGGUGUCUUUUUCGAUAACCUUGGAGGAUAUUUUCUUAGUGAAGGUGAAUAUAUUGCUUCGUCGAAUGUCCCUGAAGAAAUUGCACCACUGGAUAAGCCCACAUAUAACCAAGUAACUGCUGAUAUAACGACAACAUUUACCAUUUUGAUUGGAAUUUUCUUUCCAUCUGUAACUGGCAUCAUGGCUGGUUCAAACAGAUCGGGAGAUCUGGCUGAUGCACAAAAAUCAAUCCCGAUUGGUACAAUUUGUGCCAUUUUAACCACAUCCACUGUUUAUUUGUCAUCAGUGUUAUUAUUUGCAGGAACAGUGGACAAUUUACUUCUUCGAGAUAAAUUUGGACAAAGUAUAGGUGGUAGACUUGUUGUAGCAAACAUGGCCUGGCCAAAUGAAUGGGUAAUUUUGAUCGGUUCUUUCCUUUCUACUCUUGGUGCUGGACUUCAAAGCUUAACAGGUGCACCUCGACUUCUACAGGCCAUAGCAAAAGAUGGAAUUAUACCAUUUCUUGCUCCAUUUGCUGUGUCUUCAAGCAGAGGGGAACCAACAAGGGCUCUUAUCCUUACCUUGUGCAUAUGUCAGUGUGGUAUCUUGUUAGGAAAUGUUGAUCAACUUGCUCCUCUUCUUUCUAUGUUCUUUUUGAUGUGCUAUGGUUUUGUCAACUUGGCUUGUGCUCUACAAACACUUCUGCGAACACCAAACUGGAGGCCACGUUUCAAAUAUUACCAUUGGACACUGUCUUGUAUCGGUUUAAACAUGUGCAUUGCAGUUAUGUUUAUGUCAAGCUGGUAUUUUGCCUUAGUUGCCAUGGGCAUGGCUGGUCUCAUUUACAAAUACAUUGAAUACAGAGGUGCUGAAAAAGAGUGGGGUGAUGGAAUAAGUGGUUUAGCUUUAUCAGCGGCUCGAUUCAGUCUUUUACGACUCGAAGAAGGCCCUCCCCAUACUAAGAAUUGGCGACCACAAAUCUUGAUUUUGAGCAAGUUGACAGAUGAAUAUGUACCAAAAUACAAGAAAAUAUUUACUUUUGCGUCCCAGCUCAAGGCCGGAAAGGGUCUUACAGUAUGUGUAUCUGUGAUAAAUGGUGACUUUAGCCAAUGUGCUGGUGAAGCAAUGGCUGCAAAACAAAGUCUACGUAAAACUAUGGAGGAGGAAAAAGUGAAAGGAUUUGUGGAUGUCCUUGUUUCGAGUGAUGUUGCUGAAGGGCUUAGUCAUUUAAUUCAAACAACUGGCCUUGGUGGUAUGAAACCUAACACUGUGAUACUCGGCUGGCCUUAUGGUUGGAGACAGACCGAAAAUGAAAGAACAUGGCACACUUUCUUGAAGUCAGUUAGAAAUGUAGCAGCUGCAAGAAUGGCAUUACUUGUACCUAAAGGAAUCAAUUUCUUUCCUAAUUCUUCUAUCAAAAUAUCAGGCAAUAUUGAUAUUUGGUGGAUUGUUCAUGAUGGUGGUCUACUGAUGCUCUUACCAUUUUUGCUAAAACAACAUAGAACAUGGAAAAAUUGUAAACUAAGAAUUUUUACUGUUGCACAGAUGGAGGACAAUUCAAUACAAAUGAAAAAGGACCUAAAAACAUUUUUGUACCAUUUGCGUAUUGAAGCUGAAGUUGAAGUUGUGGAAAUGACUGACAAUGACAUUUCUGCAUACACAUAUGAAAGAACACUGAUGAUGGAACAGAGAAACCAAAUGUUAAGAGAACUGAGGCUCAAUAAAAAAGAAACUCUCGGGAUGGUACAAGCUAUUGUGGAUCAGCAUCAUGAUGGCAAAACAGCAACCAAAGUACGAUUCCAAGAACCAUCCCAAGGAAGCAACAAUGAUCAAAAUUCAGGAAACAACAAAUCACCUGGAAACGAUGGAAAAGAAGAAAAAGAAAAGGAAAAGACAGCAAAUGAGGAGGAUGACCAUCAGCAGGAAUCACAACAGCAGCCACCUCCCUCAAAUAAUCUCACACUAUCCAUCCCAGAGAAAUGUGUAACUCAAGGAGAGAAACCAGCUAUUACACCGUAUGUUAAAAUAUGCACACAUGUAAUUUAUAUAUUAAUAUUACUUUUUUCUCAUAGUGAUGAGGGCAAUGUAAGAAGAAUGCAUACCGCUGUGAAAUUAAAUGAAGUAAUUGUAAACAAGUCCCACAAAGCUCAGCUUGUGAUACUAAAUUUACCCGGACCUCCACGUGAUACUUCUAUAGAUAGAGAAGCUAACUAUAUGGAAUUUAUUGAAGUACUCACUGAAGGACUGGAAAGGGUGCUCAUGGUGCGAGGUGGAGGACGUGAAGUAAUCACAAUCUAUUCGUGAAUUAUUUACCUAGCAAUGUGUGCUAUGCCUUGCUUACACAUAAAGCAUUGUGACUUUCAUAAGUUCAAUCUUUAGGGGAAACAUGAACAUGUACAAAUAGUCAUACUUUACUACCAAUAUUUAAAAAAAAAAUGGUCUGAUAUUUUAAAAGACUCUUCAAACUUUGCCAUAAAUAGUAUUUUUGACUGUUUGUUCUUUUAAAUAAUUUUUUUUUAUCAUUGAUUAGUAUGAAAAUUUAAAUUAGUUACUACAGAAGUACAUCUGCAUAUUUAUAGUUUAUAAAAAUUGUUUAUUGAAAAAAAGUUAUUUUGUCGUUGAAAUUUAUUUUUAUUGCUUUUAAUAGUUACCAGAUUUAUAACCUUUGUUUAUAGUUUUAGACUAAAUCAAAUUGUACUGUACUAAUUAUAUAAUCAAAGGUAUAAAGUAAGCUUGAAUUUGAAACUGCGCCUUCUAGGAUUAUCCUCAAGAGAAUGAAGAAGGACUCGAAUGAAGAAUGAUUUAGUGAUUUAAGAGGCUUGGGUGAGCUAACUAGUUGGAUGCUCAUUUUCUCCUUAAUUUCAAAAGGACAGUUUGAAAUAUCUGUUGUUUUUUCGUAGUACCUAGUAUACUAACUUGUAUUUUGUAAAAUGACUACUUUGUCUACAGGCAGGUGUUGUGCUUUGCCAAUACUAGUCAAUUACCUUGAAGGAAUUUGGUCGAUAGCCCAAAACGUAUUAAUUUCUAUUGAUAACUUGGUAAUUUAUACUAUUGCCAUUUUGAUAAAACCAUUUACCUACAUUAAUCUAUUACCUACUUGUGAAGAUAAUUUUGUGCUGCAACAUUUUGUUUAACAGUUUAACAUGAAUAAUUAUCAGCAUUCAUAUAUUUAUACAUUUUUUAAACCUUCAGUUAGAAUAAAUCAUUUUAAAAGUAUUUGUUAUAAGGACACAGCCGAUUUUUCUUCUUUUGUUAUUUAAAUUUAUGAAUUUUUUCCUAGGGUCUAUUGAUUUGGUUUGAUGUUUGAUAGUCAUUCUCAGUUUGGUGUGGUAUGACUCAAGUACAUUACAAUUUGAUUGAAACAAAAAGUUGAUUUUUAAACAUUUAAAUAUGCACUAACAAAAUAUUCACAAUUCACGGAAACUUUAUACCGGCAUGAGUUAAAAUUUAAUUGUUUCAAAAUCAGUCAGUGCAAUUAUCCUAAUAAAGUGUUCAGCUUGUUACUGCCACGUUUUUACAAAAAAAAAAAUAAAUAAAUAAAUAAAUAAAAUAUAAAUACUAAUAACCAUAUCAAUUGCUGUAUUACUUGUGUAUGAUAUAAUUAUUUCUAGGAAUUCAGAUAUGAGACAAAAGAAUGCACAAUUUGUUUUUCUUCUCUCAAUCAAAAAUCAGACUUGCAAUAGAUGCCAAUUAAACUUAUGGAAAGUUUAUUUAAUAAAGAUUCUAGGCAAGUAAGGAGAAUUCUUUAACAAUGGUUGAUAAUGAAAGUAUAACUGAACCAUUUAAUAAACGUUGAUAAAGAAGAGACUGUAUAAUAAAGUAAGUUUUUCAGGUGACUCAAAUAAUAAACACAAAAAUAAAUGUACUGGGUUGUGCUAGAUAAAAGUGAGGAUUGCAGAAAAAAUGUUUUGUAAACUUUCAGGAAUGGAAUUAGAAAAUCGGUUGUGACUUCUUAUGCUUUUUGUUAAUUUUGUAACUUUCCUAACCACUCGGGACAAUUUGAGAAAAUUUACUUUUGUGGAACAACAACAGACUUAUAAAAUAACACUCAAUAUAUUUAGAAAAGGGGAAAACAUCACACAAUUGAAUAUCCAAGUUGUACCAAUAAUCAGAUAAGAAGUACAAAAAACGAAAAUGGUAAAUAACAUCAAAUGUGUUAAACAUUCAUUAAUGAUCUCAUAUAAUUGUAUAUUAUAUUAAAAUAAACAUAAUAAUAACAGACUUUUUAUAUUAUAAUCUAAAUUUUCAUUCUCUUAUACGUGGAUGUCAAAUUUAAGUAGGUUUCUAGAAUAUCUGGUAGGAAAAUAAGUGUUCUAAAUUAUGUCUGACAGUUUAGAAAUGUACAGUAUAUUAAGUGUAACUUAGCUAACAGUCUCUUUCCAUGAGGUCGUGAUAUUACAAAAAGGAAUCUACAUUUUAAGGAUGACCAUUCCUUAUCAAGCGCUUAUAGAAUUACGUCUGUGUUGUGUGAACUAAACAUUUAAUUACACUACAAUUGUCACUCCAAUAAAUGUGAAUUUUGAUAAAAAUUUGAUUGAUAUAAAUGUAUUCAGUUGUUAAGUAUCAUAAAAUAAAUUAAUAAAUUGAAACUAAAUUAUAAAUCCUCAGCUCACUAUGACAGUAAUAUAUUUCCAUAAAUUGCUAUGAUAAUGGUUUCCUUUGCAAAUAUACAUAAGUAGGUGUAAAUAACUCAGUAGAGAAAAAGUGAACAAAAAAAAAA